CAGUCGCCGUGGCUGUCCCCACUGGGGUGGGUGGGGCUCUGUUACUCUUACUUAACGCCACGGCGCCGGUGGCCAUGUUUCUUCUCUUCUUAACCUUACGUUUCUCUCUCUGUGUCUUUCUCUCUCUACAAAUUCCUCUUUUUAUGUUUAAAUUCCCUAGAGCAACUUCAAUUUUCGCAUUAAUUUUAUUUACUUUUCUGAUGGACCUUGGAGCCGGUGACAGCUAUACCACAGCCAAUUCCGGCGAUAAUAUUCCUAAAACGCCGUCGUCUUCCAGUGUUUAUGAAAUCCUUCUUCUUAUACAAUCCGACGACCUCACUUUGAAAGUUCAGGCAGCUAGGGAAAUUCGGCGCCUCACCAAGACUUCCAAACGUUACCGUCGUUAUUUCUCUAACGCCGUGAAAUCACUUGUUCAUAUGCUUCAUUCUAACUCAUUUGAGUCUAAGGAAGCCGCUCUACUUGCCCUCCUCAAUCUCGCUGUUAAAGAUGAAAGAAACAAGAUAAGUAUCAUCAAUGCUGGUGCAUUGGGACCCAUCAUAUGCUUUCUUCAAUCAGAGAAGUCAACUCUACAGGAUCAUGCAACGGCUUCAUUACUUACAUUAUCUGCUUCUUCUGUGACAAAACCCAUAAUUAGUGCUUCUUGUGUCAUUCCUCGACUUGUGGAUGUCCUAAGACAAGGAAGCUCACAAGCCAAGGUUGAUGCAGUGAUGGCUCUUUACAACCUGGCAACUUAUCAAGGCAACUUAAACUUGAUCCUUCAAACUGAGCCCAUACAUUACAUUAUUGAUUUGCUUAAAUCCUGUAAAAAGUCCUCAAAAGCUGCUGAGAAAUGUAUGUCUCUUAUAGAAUCUUUAGUGUGUUAUGAGGAGGGUAGGACUGCAGUGACGUCUGAAGAAGGAGGAGUACUUGCAGUAGUAGAAGUACUUGAAAGUGGAUCUCUUCAAAGCCGAGAACAUGCUGUAGGUGCUCUACUAGCAAUGUGUCAGAGUGACCGCUGUAAAUACCGGGAAACAAUUCUGAAAGAAGGCGUAAUUCCUGGGCUUCUUGAGCUGACUGUUCAAGGAACACCCAAGUCUCAAACAAAAGCGCAAACACUUUUGAGGUUGCUCAGAGACACACCUUAUCCUAAUUCUGAACUUGAACCUGACACAUUGGAGAACAUUGUUUCCAAUAUUAUCUGUCAGAUAGAUGGAGACGAACAAUUAGGAAAAACAAAGGACAUGCUUGCUGAGAUGGUACAAAUUAGUAUGGAGCAAAGUUUGAGACAUUUACAGCAAAGGGCACUGAUAUGCACUCCAGCUGAUUUGUCUAUUUCAAGUUCCAAAGAGAGUUAGAAAAGCCAAUUCAGUUGGUAUGCUAAACAGUGUUUACUUUUGUCCGCCUUGCACCUAUGUUGAGUAAUAAUGCCUGAGUCUCAUGACUCGAUUCGUUCUCUUCCUUCCCCUGCGCUAUGAGCCGGUGUCCUCUUGAUUUUCUGUACUUGGAAAUAUCAGAUGAUAUGAAAGAAUGCCAGUCCGGGUCCUUCUUAAUAGGCGCCAGGUGACUGGUUACUGUUAAUAAUUUUGGGAAAAACUCACAAGGUCUUAGAAAUACAAUUUCGAGUUAGAUAUUUGUAACAUAGAUUGUGUAUUUGAAGAGUUAUACAAUUGUUAAAAGUUUCCACUUCUCCAUUCUCAUAGUUAGUUAGUGACAUACAGAGAAUGUUUAAAAGGGAUGGAUGGAGUUCUUUUUUAUAAGGACCAUACUGUGUUUAUGAAAGAACCAAAAGAUAGAGUAUUAAUAUAUACUUCAAAGUAAAUCAGAGGGCUAAAUCAAAGUUUGAAACAAUGUGGGCCCUAGAGAUCCUAAUAUACAGCAGAUGGAACAAACAAAUUCUUCAACUAUUCAUCAUAUCUUUAAUUAUAAUUAAUAUCCUCACCUUGGUAAAAUUCCCUUUAUACUUUCAUGUCUUGUUUAUAUGAUAUCCACAAUGGUUGCAAUAAUUGAUGGUAAUUGAGAAGAAGAAAUCACCAUAAUAUGGAAACAGCCAAUAUAUUUGGGUCCCAAUCUCAUACAAACAUAGGACUUGGUUCAAAUGCUGGACUUGCACAAAAGUUAUUUGCCGAGGCGAUUGGGGCUUACGUGAUAAUAUUUGCAUGGUGUGGAUCAGUAGCAAUGUAUAAGCUACAAGAUGAUGAAAGCAUAACGUUUGGAGGUAUAAACAUGACAUGGGGAGCUGUUGUUAUGGUCAUGGUUUACUCCAUGGCACAAGUUUCUGGAGCUCAUUUUAACCCUGCUGUAACUCUCAUUUUCACCGUCUUUCGUCGCUCCCCCUGGAAAUUAGCACCAGUGUACAUAAUAGCUCAACUAAUUGGCUCAAUUCUGGCAGGCGUUACUUUAGCAUUAUUGUUGGAUGUAAAUCCCAUAGUUUAUUUUAAGCAAUUUUUCUAAAUUGGGUUGAAAAAUAACCCCAAAUAUAAUAUUUGGAUUGAAAAAAGUUUAAGUAUUGUAAUGAUAAUGAAGUAUAGGUUACCUCACAAGCAUUUAACGAAUUUAAAUAACAACAUUUUAUUUU